AUGACGACUUUAACUACGACAGUCUCGACUCCCUGGACGGAAGAGACCAGGUUCAAUAAAACACGAUUCAUUCCACCUGAUGCCAUCUUCGCCUUGACGGCUGAAUAUUUGCAAGAUCCCUUUCCCCGAAAGGUCAAUCUUGGCCAAGGCACUUACCGUGAUGGCGAAGGCAACCCCUGGGUUCUUCCCUCUGUGAAUAGGGCUCGUGAGACCCUGUCAGCUCAAGGGCUGAAUCAUGAAUAUCUCCCCAUCCUGGGACUACAGGCUUUUCGGGAAGCGACGGCCAAAGUGGUACUAGGAUCAGAGCUAUUGCCCAGCAGGAGGCUAAGCCUAUCGGGAACGGGCGCUUUGCAUCUGGCAGGACUUCUUUUGAGGGUCUGCCAAUCUCCAUUGCCCAAGAUCUACAUCCCCGAGCCAACCUGGUCCAAUCACCACCAGGUAUUCAGCUCACUUGGGUUCUCCUGCGAAAGCUUCAAAUACUACGACCACGAAACCAGGGAUCUGGAUAUUGAAUCCUACUAUUCGACAUUGAGGAACGCGGAGCCAAAAUCCAUCGUGAUUCUCCAUGCUUGCGCGCACAAUCCCACGGGCUGUGAUCCGACAAAAGAGCAGUGGCGGGAGAUUGCACAAUUGAUGAAGGCUCGUCAGCUGUUUCCACUCUUUGAUGCCGCGUAUUUGGGGUUCAACUCGGGCAAUUACGAUGAAGAUGCUUUUGCGAUACGACUUUUUGUUGGAGAAAUGAAGAUGGAGGCUGGGAUCUGUAUAUCUUUUGCCAAAAACAUGGGUCUGUAUGGAGAGAGAGUCGGAUGCUUCAUGUUGGCCACUGAUACCAAAGAGGCCGCCGUGAAUACCCAAUCGAUGCUCGAGAUGCUCCAGCGAUCGGAGGUUUCCAACCCCCCUGCCUUCGGGGCGAAAAUCGCGAGCCAGGUGAUGGGAAUGAAGGACCUGAAGGAGAUGUGGUUUGCCGAUAUGGUGACUAUGAGCAGUCGCAUCCGAUCGAUGAGGAAAGCACUCUACGAGCAUUUGAUAUCCUUUGGGGCGCCUGGGUCUUGGGACCAUCUCAUUCGUCAAUCGGGGAUGUUUGGAUUCUUGGGACUGUCCCCAGAGAUUGUGUUGAAAUUGAAAGAUGACUACCAUGUCUAUAUGGCAGGUAAUUCUCGGAUAUCGAUAGCGGGUUUGAAUCCAGGAAAUGUGGAAUACGUGGCUCGAUCAAUCACCCAGUGCCUCAAGGAUUCUUCAUGA